AUGCUGCGACCACCUGCUGAGCAUCCUCGUCAUAAGCAGCACAACAGAGAGGACACACUGUACAACAAGGAUGAUUUCGACGGCCAGCAAACCAGCGUUGGCGUCGAUGGGGAGGCCUACACUGCGCCACCUCAUUCAGCAGUCACAACACUCUCCCCUGCCUCCCCGUCUCGUAGCCUCUACGCCGACGUGGAGGCUGCCCAGCAGCCGCUGUCGCCAGUAGUUGAGGCCUUGUACGUGCCCCCCUCCACUCCCACCCCGGCGCCAUCGUCGUCACAUUCUGCUGUGAAACGCAGCCACCAAGAGAGCAGCACCUUUGAUAAGAAGCAGAGGUGGGAGGAGAAGGGAGAAGAUGACGUUGAGCAGGUCGAAGCGGCGACCCUCGUGACUCAAGCUGACGUGACGGCCGCUAUUACAGCAGCUCUGCGCCGCUACGAGAAGGAGCGAGAUGCGGAGGAGGAGGCGGUGCUUCAACAAGUCAGCAAGGAGGUCGAGGAACAGGCAAGCCGCUACGCCAACCUUAUCGAGGCCUACAACACCGUGUGCGCUGACAGAGCGACGUUGCAGGAGAAGCUCGCCGAGACAGCGAGGGAGUGUGAUGAGCUGCGGCACGCACUGCAGCGGUCGCGCCAAACGCAACAGGCGCUAACGGACUCGGCGAAGCGGCUGGAAGUGGAGUUGUGCCACGCAAAGGAUUUACAGCAGCAGCAGCAGCGUACGCUUCUGAAGACAGAGGUGGCUGAAUGGGAGGCACAGCGCGCACGCUACGAGACACGCCAGGGCACGCUCGAGGCACAGCUGGAUCAGGCGCGCGAAGAGUUGCGGGCGAUGGAAGCGCGCGUUUCCGAGAAGAAUGACGAGCUCGCCGCGCUGCGAGAGCGCGCCGCGAAGGCGUCUACCGAAACGGCGAAUGAGUACGCCGACAUCCAUCUUCGGAUGCGUCAGCUGGCGCAGAACAUGGCCACGAUGGAGGACGCCCUGCGUGAGCGGGACACCACCAUUGCAGAACAGGCGGCGCGGCUGCGUGAGGCCGCUGAGCGGCGGGAGUCGGAGGUGCGUGCGGCGACUGCGGAGAGGGAGAAGACCGAGGCAGCCCUGACGAGCGCACGCGACGCACUGCAACGGCAGACGGACGAUGCUCGGCGGCGCAUGCACCGCGUCACCGAACUUCAGCACCAGAGGGACGCACUAAAGGAGGAGGAGAAGGCGACGCGACGUGCGCUGCAAGCGGCUUCAGAGGACCAGGGACGUGUGCUACAGUCAUUGCAGCAUGUGCUGGCCAUCGCGAAGCAGAGUCUUUCCUGCACCACCGACAGCGCGGGACACGCCGGACCGCCGUCCUCCGCACUCUCGUCACGUAGUCCUCACAGAUUCACUGCCAGUUGGCGGGGGGAUCACAUGGAUCGCACGCUCGUGUACGAGGACGACCAUGAAGACAACGCCCAUGCGCUGCGUAGCUGCUCCGCAAUCUCGCCGCCUGAAUCACGUUCGGGCUCGGCAAAUUGUACACCGGAGCGGUUGUCCACGGAGGAGGAGGAUAACGCAAGGAGUGAAAAGCUGUUCUCGCUUUCAGCGUUGGCUGCGGAGAAGAAGCACCGCAGCGCCUCUUCCCCAAAGUCCUGCAGUCACCGCGCAUCACACUCUCCCUCCGUGGCGGCGCCUAGCCAGCGGCGUGCGCGAACGUUGUCGCCGCCUCAGUCAGCACGCGUGGCAGCCAGAGAAACACCAGCGAAAUACGCUAAGGGCAGCCCCUCCGUGCACAAUACUUAUCACGAGCUGCACCACCGGAGCUCGCAGGCGCUGAUCCUGUUGCGUGAGCUCCACCGAUGCGUCUCAGCUCUCACCUUAAAGAGGCGGAAGUCGUCGUCCGGGAGGGACGUAGCUCCCUCAAACACCAGCGGCAGCGUUGGCCGAUCUGGGGCGACUGCAGCGAAGCUCCAGCAAGCCUGCCGCUACCUCAAAUCGGAGCUGGACCGGGUCCAAGCAGCGCUGAAGGAGACACAAGCGGAGUGCCAGUGGCGGUCGCUCUCGAUGAAGAAGUUGGAGGAGGAUGUGCAGGCUGCUCGCUGUGGUGUGCUCGCCGCGGAGAAGCAGCGGCUAGCGUGCGAAAUGGACGUAGAGACGGCUGCACUUGUGCGCGAGGAGCUGGAGGCGCAGCUUAUGGAACUGAAAGCCACGUGCGCGGAGACGACGGCUGGGCAGAGGGCAUCCGAGGACGCGGUGGCGGAAGCGAAGGCGGCCGCCGAGCGCAGUGCAGCCCUAGCGGAGGAAGCGGCGCAGCUGAGAGAAGCUGCGGAGUCGGCCCUUGCCCGGGAGAAGGCCAAGAGUGCACGUCAGGCCACCUCGCUGCGCGAUCAGGCUGCAGCGCAGACAGCUCUUACGGAUGAACUGGAGGAGCUAAAGGAGAAACACAAGGCGGCCCUUGCACAGCUGCAGACGCACCACGCCCGUGAGGCGGCCCAGCAGCUGAAGCAGCAGGAAGAGAGUCAAACGCGCGGGGCGGAGCUGGCAGAACUGCGCAGCGUUGUAGCAACGAUGAGGACCACGCACGGGACUGCCGCGGAGGCGUGGAAGACAGAGCGUGCGUCCCUCGGUGCGCUCGUCUCAAGCCUUGAGACGAAGCUGCGUGCUUUGGCGGAGACGACGAUGGCUGCAAAGCGCCGCUGUGCAACACUAGAGGAGCAGCUUGCACUGCACGCAGAUGUGGAGAGGACGACCCUGAAGACGAUUGGCGACAUUGCCCACGCGCCACCGCUCCCACCCUCGCUCGACGCUGCAGCCAUGGGCGGCGACUCCUACACAUCGCACGCCCAUGAUGCUGUGUUGCCGACGGAGAAGCAGCUCUUCGGCGGCGAUGAUGAGGCGCCGGAGGUGGAGGACGUGGUCGUGGUGUCGACAGAGGCAACGCCAUCGGGGAGUAGUGCGGACAGGGAGCUUGCACGUGUAGCCUCGCACACGCGCACGACUACGGUCCGAACUACCGCACUGUCACUGGUGUCGGCGCGCCUUCCGGUGUCUAGCGCUACCCCAUCUAGAGUAGCGCCAUCAACGGCCGUUUCGCCAGCAUCGGCUCCCCUCUUUGGCGGCGCCUCCCUGGAGGCAGCAACCUCUUCUCCUGUGGCUACUCUCGCGCCCCUACGUCAGCACAUUGUUGCCGCUGUGCAUCAGUUGGCGCUGGAGGCGGUGCGCUUACGGCAGGGCUCUGUACUACCGACCAUGAGGUCACCCAUCAUAACGCAGCCUCGAAUAGCAACUUGCCGGCCCCGCGACAUGACCUCUUCAGAGGGGUGGUACACCGGUGAAACUGCACACGACGGCGUCUGCAGCGACGCGAAACGACCGUGCACUGCUGCUCUCCCCUCUCCACCACCGUUGGAGGCUUUCAUCGCGCCUCAGCCACAGCCGCGAUACCAGCACCAACAUCAGUCGCCACGUACGCCACACAAAUUGUGCCCCUCCACCACCUCUGCCGCCCAGCCUCGAACCUUGGAGAAGGCGCCGCAACCGAUUCAGCACAGCGACCGUAGCCAGAUAGGAGGUUCACCGAUGCCGUCGCAACCGUCGCGGCAUGCAACAGCGGGAAGCCCCUCAGGGUCGUACAGUCCGCCGGUGUCCGCUGCUACCACCGCCGCAGUUGGUGAGCACAUUUACAAUGUGACACGGCCGUCCAGUUUGCGGCCACAGUGGUCGUUCUCGUUGCCGUCGAGUCCACCGGCCUCUCACGUCACCGUUGCGACUAACGGAAAGCUCUGGAACGAGGCGCGACGCUCUGCCUCCAUAAAGGAUGGGCUGUCGGGGUAUUCUAGCAGCACCGGACGUGGGAGCGUCGAUGGAAGCUGCUCCCCAGCGCGGCCGCCGUCUCUGCGUGCUUUGUCGCUCCCUCUCUGA